GUCGCAGGAAUUACAUAAACAUAUCUUUAUAAAAUAUCUAUAUACUACAGCAAUUUUCCUAUAUCUGCGUUCAAAACGUCUCGCCAUCAACCCGGUACAAUUCGUGCUGGUCCCAAUGUCUACCACUACGACUACGGUAUCGGAGUCUCAGACUGCGCCUAACCGUGCGGGACGACUCCGCCGUCUCAGCCAACUGCGUGCCUAUACACAAAGUCACUUUAUCCCAUCUUCCUCCUCUUCCUCCUCCUCUGCUGCAACCUCGCCCACAUCCGCAGGCAACCAGCGGCGCCAUCGCAAUAGUCUUAGUCGCGUGGUAUCUUUAUCGUCGCCUUUCCAUAUUUCUACUAUUGCCGACUCAUCGGAGCCGCUGGCGGCGUCUGCGUCUUCUUCGUCUGAGCGCGAGGCUCAUCAAACCGAUAACAGUACCAGUUCCGACUCGGAUCCGCAAGAGCAAUCGGUUUCUUCUGUUUCCUCACGAUCGCUACCCUCGUCGCAUGAAGUAUCUUCUGGACUACAGGCCAUGGCGGUGGAAUCAAACGGACAGCAGGAUAACACUACUACGACGGCGACAGUAGACGCCAGUAACGCUAACGACAGCAAUCAUACCAGCACUGCGAACAAAAAGCCAAAGAUGAAUAAUACAAUCCGAUUCUUCGCCUAUCAAGAUACUCAUCACUCGUCUCGUCCGUCUCUACAAUUCUCCCCGAUGACUCGCACCCUACCGUCCGAAGACUGCGUAAUUCGAGUCGGACGUUACUCCGAACGCGAUGGUGUUCCCCUCGCCAAUCCCUCCGAACCAUCAGAUGCACCGAUUGGAUUCAAGUCAAAAGUCGUCAGUCGCAAACACUGCGAAUUUUCCAUGGUCAACGGGCAGUGGCACAUCAAGGACGUCGGUAGUUCGUCAGGUACUUUCCUUAACCGCACUCGGCUGAGUCAGCCGAACAUGGCUUCCCGAUUAUAUGCCGUUCGAGACGGGGAUAUUGUACAAUUGGGGAUUGAUUUUAGGGGUGGUGAGGAAAUGAUUUUCCGAUGUGUGCGGAUAAGAAUUGAGUGUAAUCGCACAUGGCAACAGAGGCCGAAUGAGUUUAAUAAAAAUACGGAAUCUUUGAUCAAUAACCUGGGGAAAGGCAAAGCAGCUUCGAAUUUUGAAGGUUGUCGAGAAUGCUCGAUCUGCUUGGGCUCCGUUUUGCGCCCUUACCAAUGCCUAUUCAUGGCAGCCUGCGCACAUGUCUGGCACUACAAGUGCAUUCGCCGUUUAAUACACACACCGGAUUACCCGAUGUUUCAAUGUCCCAACUGCCGCGCAUGGACCGAUCUCAGUGCCGAGGUAGACGACUCAAUGGAGUUUGACGAGGAAUCGGCACAGGAAGAUACUUCGGAUAUUAAGCCUGAUGCAUCUACCGAUGCUAAUGCUCAUUCAUCUGGAGAGCAAUCACAAGCAGCCAUCGAAAGCAAUGGAGAAAUUGGAACAGAAGACAGGGAUCUUGCCACCAUUGCGGAGAAUUUGCAUCUAGGAGAAGAGAGAAACACGCCCAUGCAGGACGGUGAAAACCCCGACGGCGCAAAUAUUACAAGCAAAAACGAGGUACAUGCCAGUGGUAACAGCCAAUCUGCCAACAUACCGAUACCUAAUGGUUCUUCGUCGCAUGGCAAUCAGUCCAAUUCUCGCUCCGACACACCGGGUCACCAUGAGACAUUCGAAGAUGAUCCGAUGACUCCUCGCAAUGAUUCUGGUCCCCUCGCUCUCGACGGCCGAGCCGGGCAUUUAUAACCCCGUUCGUUCUGAUUCUACUUGCUUAAUCACUAUCCUCUGCCACGCGCUUUGAAUGCUUCCACCCCGAAUUGUUAUAUAUACCCGGCAUCCUUUGCAUCAUUACUUAUGUUCUUGCCGGCUUUUUGGAUUAUCGACGAAAUGCAUUGCACUUCGGCGUCUGCGAGAAAAGGAGUUGGGAGAUGUACUGACAUUUAUUCUUAUCAUCAUUGUUUCUUUUAUUGAUUCAGACAAAUCUUUGAUUUAGGAUGAUAUGCGAACUAGCGAAGUCAUAGUUUAUUCUUGUCGACCCUUUUCCUCUGAGUUUUUGUAA